AUGGUCAAGUCAAUCCUCCUCCUGAACGGGCCCAACCUCAACCUCCUGGGCACCCGCGAACCGCACAUCUACGGACACACAACCCUCCCAGACGUCGAAAACACCUGCCGCGAAGUGGCAGCCUCCCACAACGCCACACUCGAAUCCUUCCAAUCUAAUCAUGAAGGCGCUCUAGUCGAUCGCAUCCAAGCUGCGCGCGGUAAAGUCGACGGCAUCAUCAUCAACCCGGGCGCAUACACGCACACCUCCGUGGCGAUCCGCGACGCGCUCUUGGGCGUCGGGAUUCCCUUUAUCGAGCUGCAUGUGAGCAAUGUUCAUGCGCGGGAACAAUGGCGCCAUCAUUCGUAUUUUAGUGAUAAGGCUGCUGGCAUCAUUGUUGGGUUGGGGGUGUAUGGGUAUAAGGUUGCGGUCGAGCAUGUGGCGUUGAAUUUCGAGGAGAGGGGGGAGAAGGCUUCUUUGUAG